AUGUAUUUCUUCGUCGUUGUGUUGCAGAAGCCAUUGACUGGUAAUCCAUCUACCACUAACACAGUUAUAUUCAUCCUUGAUUUGUUGGCCUGGAAUCCAGAAGCACAGGAAAAGUUAUAUCAGGAAAUCAAAAAUGUCAUACCAGAAGGAAAGUCAGUCAGCCAAGAAUAUUUAAAGGAGUUACACUACCUAAAAGCAGUCGUAAAAGAAAGCAUGAGGUUGCGUCCCGUGACGCCUUUGCUUGUUCGAAUACUGGACACUGAUGUCGUUCUCUGUGGCUACAACGUACCAGCUGGUAAAGUACUGACCAUACACUCUACCGCUAUGGGACGCAAUCCGAAGUUGUUUCCAAACCCUGAGAAAUUUCUUCCAGACAGAUGGUUAAGAUCGAAUAAGGAAUCACACGAUAUCAACCAGUUCACUAUACAGCCGUUUGGGUUUGGACCGAGGCAGUGUGUUGGUAGAAGAGUAGCAGAGUUGGAAAUAUACAUAACUCUUACCAAGAUACUCCAAAACUUUCGUCUAGAACCCAACAGCGAUAAACCACUGGAGAUGACCACACGAUUGAUUACAGUGCCGGCUACAAAGUUGAACCUCAAGUUCCGUGAUCGCGAUUGAAGUUCCAAAACAAGGAAAUCUCUCUAGAUUAUACAGUAACCUGUAUUCUAUUCUGAAUGGAUGUAAACGUAUUGGGAUCUAACAUGUGCAUUGGAUAUACAUUUCGGAAUCAUGCAUGUGAUAUUUAGGGGUAACUCAUUCGCGGCUGGAAUAUUCCGGGAAAAAAAUUAUGC